GCCGCCUGAGUUGUGCUGUCACCGCUGCCAUGACUUCGCGACCCGUCACUCUCGGUAUCGACUUGGGCACCACGUCCGUAAAGGCCGCCCUCUUGGAGGCUGCACCCGGCCACCCAUCCGGGUUCGUGGUGCUGGCGAGCUGCGCCCGGGCUGCGGGGGCAGAGACCGAGAGCGCGGCUGCCGGACCCCAGGGGCGGGAGCAGGAUGUGACUAGAAUCAUCCAAGCUCUAAAUGAAUGCCUUGAUGCCCUUCCCCCGAGGCAGCUCCAGAGAGUCGGGGCCAUCGGAGUGUCAGGACAGAUGCAUGGCAUCCUAUUUUGGAAAACAGGCCAAGGCUGUGAAUGGACAGAGAGAGGGUCUGCCCCUGUAUUUGAACCCAGAGCCGUGAGCCAUUUGGUCACAUGGCAGGAUAACCGUUGUAACAGUGGUUUCCUGGCUUCUCUGCCCAAGCCAGCAUCCCAUCUCAGCGUGGCCACAGGAUUCGGCUGUGCAACCAUCUUCUGGCUUUUGAAAAACAGCCCGGAGUUUCUGAAGUCCUAUGACGUGGCUGGCACCAUUCAAGACUAUGUGGUUGCUAUGCUGUGUGGCUUGCCAAGACCCCUGAUGUCUGACCAGAACGCUGCUAGCUGGGGCUAUUUUAACACCCAGAGCCAGAGCUGGAACUCGGACAUACUGCAAAUGGCAGGUUUUCCUACCCACCUUCUCCCCGACAUUGCAGAGCCAGGCAGCUUGGCAGGCAGAACUUCUCACACGUGGUUUGAAAUCCCAGCAGGGACGGAGGUGGGCGUAGCCCUGGGUGACUUACAAGCCUCUGUCUAUUCCUGCAUGGGCCAAAGGACUGAUGCAGUUCUCAACAUCAGCACCUCGGUCCAGCUGGCAGCCUCCAUGCCCGUGGGGUUCCAGCCACCGCAGACUCCGGAUCCUGCAGCCCCAGUCGCCUUCUUCCCUUACUUCGACAGGACCUACCUAGGCGUGGCAGCGUCACUCAACGGAGGCAAUGUGCUGGCCACGUUUGUCCACAUGCUUGUUCAGUGGAUGACAGACCUAGGUCUGGAGGUUGAAGAAUCCACUGUCUAUUCACGCAUGAUCCAGGCGGCUGCACAGCAGAAAGAUACCCAUCUCACCAUCACCCCAACAGUGCUGGGGGAGAGGCACCUGCCAGACCAGCUGGCCUCUGUGACUAGAAUCUCCUCCUCUGACCUUUCCCUGGGCCAUGUGACCCGGGCCCUAUGCAGAGGCAUUGUUCAGAACCUGCACUCCAUGCUUCCUUUUCAACAGCUCCAAGAGUGGGGUGUGGAACGGGUGGUGGGGAGUGGAAGUGCAUUGUCCAGGAAUGAGGUCCUGAAGCAGGAGGUCCAGAGGGCAUUUCCUUUCCCAGUGUGCUUUGGGCAGGAUGUAGAUGCAGCCUUCGGGGCAGCUUUGGUCAUGCUCCGGAGAGACAUCAGCUAGAAGGAGCCUUAGUUCUUCAAGCUCGUUGCCUUAAGGAAAUGCUGGGAAUCUUACCUAAUUGACAAUGUCAUCAUGAUCUCUGGGUUGUCCUUUUCUGGGAUGGUUCUGUGGGCAGACUGUAAAUUAUACUUGAUCUUGAGGUGCUAUCUAGACUGAUAAAGAUCUUCCCUUCAGGGCAUAUGGUAAUCAUACAGCCAGGAAGCUCUAACCAGACCCCAAGCUAGUGCCUUCCAAGAAUAGGAUCUUCCGAGAGCUGAUUGCAAUUGCAGAUGUGGGGGGAGGAGAGCAAGGGAGGGAAGAAAAUGGGAUGAGGGAGAGGAAGAAAGAAACAAACAGCUUCCUGGUCACUAGGCUCGGCUGUGAUUCAGUCAUAGACAGAAGGAAAAGAAAGAUGACUUAUGCAGCCAUGGCUCCAGCUAAGCAAAGAAGACCUGGUUUAUGCCCAGCGUUUGGACUGGUCCAGUUUUGUGUCAAAUGCAUUACUGGAAAAAUCCUCCCUGCCCUGUUGUAGCAGGUGGCUGGAGUCUCCUCUCCUAGUCUUGGGAAAUAGAAGGAUCCUUACUUAGUUCAGCAAGUUCCUUGUCUAAAGGAAUGCUGGGAACCUCAUCUAACCAGUCAGCUUGAUAGCCCUGUCAGUUGAAGGGACCAGCUAUAGCAUGUUCUCCAGUCAGAGAGAGAUCGAAGACAUGAAGCAACACGCAUUGGAGGAGGAAGCCAAGGUCUGUGUGCUUGCCUUGCUGUGUGCUUCAGGAAACGUGCUGCACCAUGGUUACCUCGAGUCCUCUCAACACAACCGGCUUAAAGGCACGUCCCAGAGAAGGGAAGGCAGGUGGCACGAACAGCUAAAGGGACCACAGAGCACUGUGACCAACACCGUCUGACAGACUGUUUUCAAGAUGGCAGCAAGGCACCCUAGCCCCUUUCUAUGACUAUGUAUGGCCACCUGUCUCCCUAACCCCUGCUACAAGAGGUGACCAGUUUCAUGAGAGAACCCUUAACCCACAGGUCCCACCCCUUUCUCCAUGGUGAAGAUCUUGCUGGCCUCUGGUGGUUCUGGCCCAGCAGAAAUGUCCUGUUCAGAUGGGCAUGCAUCUAGGGUCAGAGAACCACCAGUCUUUCCACAUUACAGUACCUCCGAGGAGAGGGUCACCAUCACUGUGUCUACUCCUAGACUCCUAAAGUACCCAAGGCUCGGAGGCACCUGUGACUUUUGGGGAGAAACCAUGUUGUCUCUUUGUAAGAGUCAUUUUAUAAGGAAUAUUAUUGUGGUAACCCCUUUGAUGAAUUUACCUCCCACUGCUGGCUAUCUGAAUAAAUUUCAUUUUUUUUCCA